AAAAAUUCGAUAUCUCAGCAACAAAGCUGAUUGCGCACGAACCAAGUUGGGAUUCUUCAUAGUCCAUGAGGAUCUACAUUUUAAAAAUAGUCCCACUCAAAAAGAUUUUUAGCACCUCAGGCGGUUCUCUCGUUAGUCGGUUAGUUCACCGGAAAAAAAAUUUCCAGUCUGGAUUUGGACUCGCACCAGCCCUGUCAUGAUGAUCGUAUGCUAUACGAUAUUUGUUUCUAACAAGCAAGAGAUCUUUCUACUCUUUUUCGUCUUUUGGCACGAAAUGUAAGUAAACUUCGAGAGAAAAAACUUUGAAUCAAUACAUAAGUGAAUAUAUUUCCAACCAGAUUUUGAAAGGAUAAAAAACCUGUAUCACCUACAAAUCUUUUUUUUUCUGUUUUUUUUCAACUUCUAAGCAAACUACAGUCAUGGAGCUUUUUAAGUAUUUUUAGUCCUAGUAGAAUUUUACCAUUUUCCGGUCAAUAAUCAUCUUAUCUCGAUUUUUGUUCUAAAUUUUAUGUUUAUUUUUUGUUCGUUUAAUAAAUAUGUGUCACAUGUUUUUUAUAUUUGUUGCUUUUCUCCUAUUUUUGCGAUCAUCUUAUUUUUCUUUAACGAAGUGAAUGUCAUUCUCGUUUUUUUGUUUCACUUCUCUGUAUUAGUUGUAGAUGUUGAAUUUGAAAUGAAAAUAUCAUAGAUAUUUUAAUGCUAAAUAAUAAAUCUAACUUUGUUUCUUCUUUUCUUUUUAAGAUCGUUUUUUCAUUCAUGUAAUAAUUCGAUCGUAACAGAUGAAUAUCUUCCAAUAACUAAUAAUAAUGAACAAUCACCAUUGUUAAAAUCCAAAGUAUUUUUAACUGAUCCAUCAACAACAACUACAACAAUGUCAUCUAAUUUUACUGAUGAAUUAGCAUUGUCUUAUUUAAAACAAACAUGUGAUCAACAAUGUCAAACGGAUGAUGUAGAUAUAAGUGUCAUUCGAAAAAAGACAAAUGAUCAAGAAAUUCAAACUAUAUUUUCACCAUCACUUCAACAUGAAUUAACCAUUGUACCUUCGACUUCUUCGACAAAAUUAAAUGAUUAUCCUAAAAUUGAACACGAUGAAUUUGCAACAAAAAUUACAUAUGAUAAUAUAGCUGAUUAUAAACUUGAAGAUAAAAUGCCAAGAAGUAGUAGUAUUGAAAGUGGUUUAAUUGAUUGUUCAAAUGAAGAUGAAUUUUGUUUGAUUGCUACUACUGCUAAUAGUACUAAUGAUAAUAGUAGUAAUCAAGAGAAUGACAAACAACAAACAAUUAUUGAUCAGACGAACGAAGAUGUCGAUCAAGUAUUACCAUGUACACCUUCAGUACAAUUAAUCGAAAAUGAUGUGAAGAACGAGACCCAAGAAGAUGAACAAACUCUUGAGAUACAAUUAACUCCAACAACAAAACGUUUAUGGUCUGAUAUUGUAGAUGAAACAGCCAAUGACGAUAAACAAAAAGAAAUAUUAUCAACAAAAUCUGAAAAUAAUGAUACAAAUCUCACUAAAACAGUACAACAACCACAACAACAGUCCAUAUUAACAAAUGGUUAUCAUAAUGAAACUGAUCAAACAACUAAUAUUCAAUCACAUAAAACACUAACAAAACCCCGUGUUACAUCCACAAUUGAUCAUUUACCACCACAAACUGAUAAUAGAAUUUCUUCAUCAUCCUCUUCAUCACUUUCUCCUACAACACCAACGGCAGUAACCUCACAGAAAAUGAAACCAAAUGCCAAUAAACCACGUCAUCAUAACAAUAUCUGGUAUUCCUAUGAUUAUCCCUAUGAUUAUGGAUAUACGAACGGAAAAGAGAAUAAUUAUUAUUAUAACAAUAACAACAGUAGUCAUUCAACAAAAAAAGAUCAGAUUAAAACAAAUGGUACUGCAACAACAACAUUAACAUCAUCCACAGCAACGACUUCAUCUAAACAAUUGGUCGAUAAUACAAGUAAAUCAAGUACAAACACUACGCCAUCAACAACAGCUAAAAAUCAAAAUUCAACGAAUAAAAAAACAAAACAGAAACAACAAGUGAAUAUAACUAAUACAUCAACAUCGAAUGAACUAGAUAAAUCAAAAAGCUCAAAUCUUCUUGAUGAACAAAAUGAAAAUUAUUUCUUCGAUGAUCAGGUACCAAUGACAAAAGAUCAAGAAAUUAUUAUAUAUGAAUUUCAUUUUCCCGUUCAUUAUUGUGGACGUCUUAUUGGUAAACAAGGUGUACACGUUGAUUAUAUUAGACAAACAACACAAGUUGAUCUUGUUGUUCGUGAUGAUCCUGUUUCAUGGGAAAAACAAAUUGUUGCUUUACAUGGACGUCGAGCUGAUGUCGAAAAAGCUCUUAAUUCGAUUGCCGAACGUUUUCCUCCAAGUAUUUAUAAAGGCAUUGUUUUCAAACCCAUUCAUAAAAAAAUUGUAUUAAGACGGCGAACACCAGAACGAUUUGCCGUAUCAUCAGGAUCUCAAUUAUAUUUAUCGGAUACAACAAUGACCGAUAUUAUUGUAACAAGUGUUGUAUCGUGUAAUCAUAUAUUUGUACAACAAUUACAGCAUCCAUCCUAUUCUGAACUUGUAAGAUUAGACAAUUCAAUGUCAUUAUUUUAUACUCAUACUGAAAUGACACCAUUAUUGCCAAGACCAAUUCAGCCUGGUGUUGUGUGUGCGGCUCCGACACAAGUUGGCUGGUUUCGUGCACUAAUUACAGAUUACAAUAGUAAUGAUGAUAUGGCAAUGAUUAAAUUUCUUGACUAUGGCGGUUAUUUGUACAUACACGCAAAUACAUUGAGAGUAUUGAGGUAUGCUCUGCAAGACUUUAUGUUUAUUCCAUUUCAAGCCGCUGAAGUUUAUCUUGAUAGUGUUUUACCAAUUGAAGGACAAGAUGAUUUUCUUCCUGAACAAAUUAAUGCUGUUAAGUCAUCCAUAUCAGGAAAUGUAUUGAAAGCAAUUAUAACCGGUUAUCAUUAUGAUGGACUUGCAUUCAUUCAGUUAACUAGACCAGAUGAUUAUAGUGGUCGAAUAGUCAAUAUUGAAAUUCAAAACAUUGUUAAUCAGGCAUUGACAUCGCCGUCGUUGUCGAUUUCUUCUCCCGAUAUCACAAGUACUGCUUUAAAUACAAUAAAUGAUGUAACUACUACAGCAUGUUAA